AUGCAAUAAUAGUAAGUGGUGACUUUCCUAAAACUUGUGUCCAUAUCAAAAGGGAGAACGUUUUUGAGGGGAAGGUUCCUUUUUCGAGUAUUAUUAGUGGCACCCGUGAGUCGUAAUUCACUCGACAGUCGUCAUGUUAGCGUCGCGAAUCUUCAUCAAACUCCCCCUGGUUGCCUGUGUUUCCGCCCCCACGGUAGGCAGGGGCGUGGCUACCUGCUUGCGACCCAAAGUCAGUGUUGUGGUACCCGCCCUGCGAUAUGCAAGCCAACCGAGCAGAAUCGCGGCCAAGAGAGCAGCAAAAUCAAAAACCUUGAAGGAAAUGGCCGCUACCCCAGCCGAUGGAUCAGCUAUCAGUGUCGGGCGGGGCGCUUUGGCAGGUGCAGCGGCAGUUGGCAUCGGUGCGUUGUGCUACUAUGGCCUUGGCAUGUCCAAAGAUGUCGGCGCCUUGGAACGAGCCGCCAUGUGGCCAGACUACGUACGGGAGAGGGUCCAGUCCACUUAUGCCUAUUUUGGCGUCGGGAUCGCAUCCACUGCAGCCUCAGCUAUUGCAAUCUCCAGGAAUCCUGCCAUCAUGGCCAGAAUGAUGCCCAAGUCAUGGGUGGGUGCACUGGGCAUGAUGGGUCUGGUCAUGUGCUCAGGCUUUAUCUGCAUGUCAGUGCCGUACACAGAGGGCGUCCUAGGAGGGAAACAGCUGGCGUGGUUGGCUCAUAGUGGUCUCUUGGGGGCGGUCUUAGCCCCCAUGACCCUGCUGGGUGGACAACUCCUGAUCCGUGCUGCAUGGUACACGGCUGGUGUAGUUGGAGGAUUGUCCUGCGUCGCUGCCUGUGCACCUAGCGAGAAGUUUCUGUACAUUGGUGGUCCCUUGGCCAUGGGACUCGGUGUCGUCAUUGCAGCGUCAAUUGGUGGUAUGUUCUUUGCACCUACUACUGCCCUAGGCUCAGGCCUGUACGCCAUCAGCACCUAUGGAGGCCUGAUUCUCUUCAGUGGCUUCCUGUUGUAUGACACCCAGCUGAUAAUGAAACGUGCCGAAACCUAUCCCAUCAUGCCCCAGAGGCCUUACGAUCCAAUCAACGCGGCAAUGGGGAUCUACAUGGAUACAGUCAAUAUCUUCAUCAGAAUCGCAAUGAUCUUGUCCAACUCAUCAGGCGGACGAAGGAAAUGAGGAAACGAAACAGUAGCCAUGGCAAUUUUAUAGAUCACCCUAAUGAAUCUUCCAUGUGUUCUUGUACAGUCUAAAUAUACGAGUCAUAUAUAGCAGCAGAGGGAGGGAGGGGCUUAAUUAAAUUUUUUAUAGGGGGGGGAUUUCUAGGCUAAUGAUUUGCAAAGAAUGAACAAUUUCUCUUGUUGAUGGACUUAUGAUUACCAGGAACGACAGGGUUUAGCCUAAGAAGGCAGCUGGUUCCCCGUCUCGCUGUUUGAUUUCUGAAGGAGGGGAGGGGCAGGAACCAGUGUUCUUUUGGCACUUACUUGGAUGUUUUCUUAUCACUUGUAAGAAUCAUUGUAUACCAGGGAAGUUUCAUUCAUUGACAACAUUUGUGCAUGUUCAUGUUGGGGGGGGGGGG